CAUAAGGUACAUGGAAAGGUAGAGUGAUCUACCAAAGGGCAUGCAGUGAAUCCAUGACUGAGGUGGGAUUCAAACAACCUCUGCAGUGUCCAAGUGUCCAUAUUUGGAUGGAGGCAAAGACUUAAAUCUUAGAAAGUAGAUCCAGAAGGUUCUCAGGUGCUUUGCAGUAAAACCAUGAAUUGGUUUUGCCUGUCUGCCUCUGUCUUUCUUCUUCUUUUUAUGUUUUCCAGAUGACUAGUGAUAAAUCUGAACAACUGCAAAUACGAGAGUGUGCGUCGGGCUGCUAGGACAUGUGGCCUCCGGGAGGCCAGUGAGGUUGAUGACUGGACCCUGUACUGGACUGAUUAUUCUGUUUCACUGGAUCGGGUAAUGGAAAUGAAAACUUAUCAGAAAAUAAAUCAUUUUCCUGGGAUGUCUGAAAUCUGUAGGAAGGACCUUCUGGCCAGGAACAUGGGCAGGAUGCUAAAGCUUUUCCCAAAGGAAUUUAACUUCUUUCCCAGGACCUGGUGUCUUCCUGCUGACUAUGGAGAAUUGCAGGCCUUCAGCAGAUCGAAAAAACAUAAGACCUACAUCUGUAAACCAGACUCUGGCUGUCAAGGCAGAGGUAUUUUCAUUACAAGAACUGUAAAAGAUAUCAAACCUGGGGAGGAUAUGAUCUGCCAGCUGUAUAUCUCAAAGCCUUUUAUUAUUGAUGGGUUCAAGUUUGAUCUCCGGGUUUAUGUGCUGGUGACAUCAUGUGAACCUCUACGAGUAUUUGUUUAUAAGGAGGGUCUGGCACGCUUUGCAACAUCUGCCUACUCAGACCCUUCACACAGCAACUUGGACGACGUCUGUAUGCACCUGACUAAUUAUUCAAUUAACAAGCACAGUGCUAAUUUUGUACGAGACGAAGACUCUGGUAGCAAGAGGAAGCUCUCCACCUUUAAUAAGUACAUGGAGGAAAAUGGCUAUGAAACGGAACAGAUAUGGAAGGACAUUGACGACGUUGUGAUCAAAACGCUGGUAUCAGCCCAUCCGAUCAUCAGGCAUAACUAUCUCACUUGUUUCCCCAAUCACACCAUGUGGAGCGCUUGCUUUGAGAUUCUGGGGUUUGAUAUUUUACUGGAUCGAAAACUCAAACCAUGGUUGCUUGAGGUGAAUCAUUCGCCAAGUUUCAGUACCGAUUCAUGGCUGGACAAAGAAGUGAAAGACCAACUCUUGUAUGACACUCUGGUGCUGAUCAACCUGGGAGCAUGUGAUAAACGGAAAGUCUUGGAAGAAGAGAAGCGGCGAGGGAAGGAGAGACUCCUCAAGCAAUGCCGUAAUCGAGAGGCCAGGGCCGAGGAAUUCAAGAGCUGCCAAGCGGCUUGGCUUCAGCAAGCAGAAAAAUAUGAGGAAAUAAACGCAGGAGGCUACCGCCGAAUUUACCCCGGUUCUGAUUCGGGCAGAUAUGAUAAGUUUUUCCAACACAAUAAUUCACUCUUCCAAGAAACAGCAGCUUCCAGAGCACGUGAGGAGUAUGCCAGGCAGCAGCUCCAGGAGCUGCGUCUCAAGAAGGACCAAAAAGUGGCUCUGGUGAGAGAAAAGAAGGCUGAACUGCAGGGAGAGUCUGUUGGAGAGAAGAUAAAGAUUUCCAGGCCCAAGGUGCUGAACAGAGCAAGUGUGGUGCCAGUCUCUGCCCAGCUGCACGUUUGUUCUGGGCCUGGGCCUGGGCCUGCCUUCCCACUCGAACAUUUUUCAGAGGAGCAAGAGCCCAAGAAAGAAGUAGCUUGCGAUGAUUAUUCAAGUGUCUCCCAGCAGGAGAACCAUGGGACAGGCAACUGCCCAGAGACCCCUGCAAAUCAGUCUGUGAGGCCUUACAGUUCCGUGCCUGACCUCACCAAACAGAAUUCAUCCAGCACCCCAGAACAAUAUAAAUCGAAUCCAGAACUGAGGGACACCAUUAGCAGCCACCAUUCCGCAACAGACGUGACCAUUAGAACAAGUCACCAGCUACCAGAUGAGUUUACAAAAGGCUGCAGUAAACAAAGCCCAUGUCCUCACAAGCAUUUCCCAGCCAUGACACAGCCUCGGCCAGAGGGUGCAACAGCAACAGAUACGGCUUGUUGUGGAGGUCCAGCUAUUAAAAACUUUCGGCCAUUCGGAGAACAAUCCUUCCGUUUUCGUGUUAGAGAAAACACAGCCGUCUCACGCUCUGCUAGCCCGAUGGCAAGAAUGAGAUUCUUUGAAAAUGACAAAGAAAAAAGAGCCCUCAUGGUCUCAGAAUUCUUCAGCAAGAUGAAUUUCAUACCACCAGAGAGAAACCUCAGGCUUCUCUCAAUACAGCAAUCUUCGCACUUUACCAGCCGAGCACAAAGCGCUUCCCUCCCAAGGGAAAUCCUAGGCAGCAGGAGCGCUCCUUGCAGGAGGCCAACAAAGUACUACAAUGCCCACCUUGCCACGCCAAGGCCUAUGGUUCAGCAGCACAGCUUGCAAGACCUGCUGGUGAUCUCACGGAUGACCAACCAGUCCAAACAAGCCAAUGAGCCAGCAUCGGGAGACAGUCCUGUGAACAGGGUCUGAGUGAAUGUUUCACAAACCCAGGGUGGUUCCUUGAACCCGAACGACGCUCCUUUCUAUUGAGAGGCAUAUCGCACUGUUCAGCUAAAUCUGUUCCCAGUACAUGCCUAUGUAAAGGAGCUUCCAUACAGCCAAUGAAAAUGGACUUGUAACAAUAUUGGGUCUUUUUAAAGCGAGUGGGCCUCAGGCUACUUGAAGCUCCUGAUUUUUGGAUCCUUGCAGAAGUAUGUGGUAGGUGCUUUGCAAAUGGAAAAAAAACCCUCUUCCACAAAUUCCUAAGAAGAUGGGUGCUGCGUUUAAGUGAGCUUCAGAUACUAGAGGGUUAGUCUUCUGUACUGCUCCUAAUCAUAUCUUUCUCUAGAUCUGCAGAGGUGGAUGGAGGCUGGAGCUGUGUUUUGCAAACUGAAUCCGAAAGAUCAAACUUGAUGUGACACACGAUUGCAUGUCUUUUUCCCCUGAUUUUUUUUAAAAGGAAAAGCAUCCUCAGAAAAACAAAAUGAGGGGUAGGGGCUGCUUAACCCUUCCCCUUUCAUUUGUUUUGACCACAAAAUCUCACCUGUCAGGUAAAAGAUAUGGAGUCCCUCUUUUUUUUCUCCUAUGGUGAAAAUAAUCAGCUUGGGAGGGGCGAUUUUUAGUGUCCUAGCUGGAGUUGAGCAGCCCCCAUCCUUUUGUUCCCCAUUGCAGCUUCCAAGAUUGCUUUUCAUUUAAAGGAAAAAUCAGAGGAAAGAGGUAUGUGAGGACUGCACGCCAUGUCUACAUUAGCGCUAAAUUCCUUACAUUUUUUCAAAGCAGUUUCUGUUAAUAAACCUAGAGAGACGUUGCAAGGAAGAGUCAGUUCACAGAUCUCAGUAAAGGACAGAAGAUGGCAAAGAUUCAAG